CUGUCUGCAGGACAGUUUGCCAUUGUGGACCCUAAUGGUGGAGUGGAGCGAGAAGGAGAGGAGCCCGGAGAGCACCGAGUCUCUCUACCAGAAACUGGUUCUGAAUCUCACGGUCAACAAAAUCAUGAAGGUCCGAUACCUGGAUUGGACGUACAGGUGCCAGGGCUACAAGCGUGCCAGGAAAGUGUUUAGCAGUUUACUUCAGAAUCGUCCCUUUUCUGAGGAUUUCUUCCAGAAGAUGAUAGAAAUCGAGAAAGCUCAGGAGCAGAGCAAGAUGGACAAUCUCCGAGAGUAUUACGAGCGCGCACUGCGGGAGUUUGGGGCUACGAACCAUGAUCUCUGGCUGUGUUACAUCAAGGAAGAGCUCAGCCAUGCAGAGGGAAAGCCGGAGAACUGUGGCGCCAUCCACUGGCGAGCCAUGAAAAUGCUGCAGGGGGAAGAUGUGGAACAUUUUGUGAACAAAUAUACAUUACUGCAGACGGGGCACCUAUAGUGACGCUUUACCAUGUUGUUCUGUACAGUUGUUAUACUCAAUAAAUGUUAUUUCCAUGA